AUGUUGUUAACACUCUCUCCUAAAGCCCUAUCCUUUUCUUCGUUCACUCUGCACAAAUCGCAAAACCCUAGACGUAAAUCCCCAAAUCCAGGUCAAUUCCAGAGCUUCAGGUGGAGAUGUAGCCCCAUUUUCGUAAAAUCUGAGGUUCAGAUUGAAAGGGAUAUCGAAUUCGAGACGGGGGAGACGUUUUUCCGCCAUGAAAGCGCCAGAGGUCGUGACCUCGCCGUGCUCUCGGCUUCGCUCUACAAGAGAUCCAACGGAAGCUUACGGGUGCUCGACGCCAUGUGCGGGUGCGGAAUCAGGUCACUUCGUUAUCUUGUGGAGGCGGACGCCGAUUUUGUGAUGGCGAACGACGCAAACGAUGAUAAUCGGGGGGUAAUCACGGGCAAUCUGAGCAGAGUGGAGAGAGGCACAGGAGAGGAGAGGAGAUGGGUCGUGACGCAUAUGUUGGCUAACAAAGCGAUGAUAGAGCGAUACAUGGUCGCCGAUUUCUUCGAUUUGAUUGACAUCGAUUCGUUCGGGAGCGAAUCGGCUUUUCUGCGAGACGCGUUUAACGCUUUGAAAUUGGGUGGUUUGCUUUACUUGACUUCAACGGAUGGCUACUCCUCUGGUGGUCACAGGCCUUAUAAUUCCUUAGCAGCCUAUGGAGCAUUUAUUCGACCAAUGCCAUUUGGGAAUGAGAUUGGGCUAAGGAUGCUUAUAGGUGGAGCAGUGAGAGAAGCAGCUCUGCUUGGUUAUCAUGUUACGCCCCUUUUCUCAUACUAUUCUUAUCACGGUCCUGUGUUUAGAGUCUUGCUUCGGGUUCACCGUGGGAAGCUUCACGAGGACAGGAACUAUGGGUUUGUCACUUUCUGUCAUCUUUGCGGCCAUUCUCGUACAGUGAGAUGGGAUGAACUUGGUCUGAUGGGAUGUCCCUGCAGUGAUACAAAGGCUUCUUCUUCACUGGUGGUCUCAGGACCAAUGUGGCUUGGACCGCUUCAUGACGCACCGUAUGUUACUGAAAUGCUGGAACUGGCUAAGGAAUGGGGAUGGGUGAGUGAAGGCAGUGGGUUGGAUCUGGAGAAGCUUCUCAGCAUAAUGAUCGAAGAGAGCGAUCCAAGACUGCCUCCCGGAUACACCAUAAUGGAUCAGAUGGCGAGCCGUGCGAAGAUAAACUCACCUUCGUUGAAGAAGAUGACGAGUGCACUUGUUAAGGAGGGAUACGCUGUUAGUAGAUCUCAUAUUAUAUCCAAUGCUCUCAAAACAAAUUGCCCCAUGUCAAAUUUCAUUAGGAUUGCCAAGAAUGAAAUGCAGAGUUGA